CACACGAAGAAGAAACUGAAGAUUUCUUCCUAUUGACUUUUUAUUUCUCGCUUCGUUAAAAAAUCUCGUUUUUUGUUUCGUGAACGUUUUUGUUGUGGUGGUGUCGCUCGUGUGACGUCAGUCUUGGCUCUGAGGAACACUUGGUCCAUCAUGUCUCAGAACUACAGACCACCUGACUCGGACCACAGACCGGAUCCUGAUGCCUACUCUUCAGAUCGCCGUCACGCGGCUCAGGACCAGCACGGCUACCGGCCGCCGCAGGCGUCUCUCUCUCCGUCCUUCCCGCCCUCGUCCUCGUCCCGAGGCUCCGCCCACUGGGACGGCGCUCUCAGCAUCCUGAGUAGCUGUGGUCUGGAACCCGGGGACUUGUCUCUGCUGGCUGAGCUGCCGGAGGACGUCCUGACGGUGGAGUCCCUGCCUCAUGUCCUCAAUCAGCUGAAAGGAAAGAGAGCGAGCGUCAAACCGUUCCCCACCAACGCUCCUUCCUCCUCCUCCUCUCGUCCUCCCAGCUCCUCCUCUUCCUCCUCUCGCCCUCCCAGCUCCUCCUCCAGAGACUGGGAUCAGCGCCGCAGUCCACCGAUCCGGUACCCGCUGGCUCCUCCUCCGUCUCAGAAGGUCCAGGACCACUGGGGCAAUCCCAGAAGCAGCAGCUCGCUCAGAGCCGCCCCCCCGUCCUUCUCGUCCUCGCCCUCCAGCUGCGUGGUGGACCUCCCCCCCCCCCGACCGGGACAGACAGGCAGAGCCGCCCCCCCGUCCUUCUCGUCCUCGCCCUCCAGCUGCGUGGUGGACCUCCCCCCCCCCCGACCGGGACAGACAGGCAGAGCCUCACGGGACCGCCCCUCGGUCAGGUCGGCUGCACCAAACAACUGGACUUGUCCUUCCCGUGUCUCUGAGUCAGGAUCAGGUUACAGGUCAGCUCCGCCCCCUGAAGCUCAGGGGCGCCGCCCCCCCGAGGGCGAAGGCUCUUCCAUCGUCUCCUUGCCGACCACGACAGAAGCUCUGGACUUCCACGGCAAGCUGCCAGCGGCGUUCCCGUACUCGUGCUCUCUGUGUGACAUCACUGUGCUGUCGGAGAGGGUUUGGACCAAACACGUCCACGGCUCGGGCCACGCAGACGGACAGCUGGUCCUGCUGCAGCGGUGUCCUCGCUGGGACUGUCGGCUGGAGACGCUCAGCAGGGCUGACAACCAAUCAGAGAAGAGUAAGGAUGAAGACACGCCCACCCGACCGCCUCAGUCGGCCAAUGAGAGCCAAAAGUCCCAGGGGAAUCUCCAGGGGACUAAGAAGACGUCAGACAAGAGCAAAGUGGUGUGUGUGAAGUUUCCAGCUCAGUCUGUGGACGAGACGUAUCUGAGGAACCUGACUCAACCGUUUGGAGAGAUCGUGAAGAUCCUGAUGUUCCCGUCUCUAGCGUUUGUGGAGCUGGGCUCCGUCGACCAGGCGAAGGAUUUGGUGAAAUUCCACAUCAACUGUCCUCCAACUGUGAACGGAGAGCAGGUGGAGCUCAGCAUCUCCAGCACCUUCAGCUUCCAGCAGAGUUCUCGGGUCGUGAGCUUCACUCCGGCUCCAUCAGGAGAAGAAGGCCGAUCGGAUCUGAUCAGCAUCGUGAAACGCUUCGGCCUGCCGCUCUACACCCUGUUCCUGCCGUCUGUGGCGUUUGUGGAGAUGAAAAAUGUUCCUGACGCUCAGAAGCUGGUUGAUUAUUAUUCUGCCAAAACGCUGAGGAUCAACAGCGACCGCGUCCAAGUUUCCCUCUCCGGAGAAUACAGGAGCCUGAUGCGGGUUGCUUCUGCCACGAGGUACGAGGAGGAAACGCCUUCGACCAAGAGGGGGAGGAGUCAAAGCCGAGCGCAGGAGGAGGAGUCAGGAAACCAGAGCAAAAGACCCAGAUCCAGAGAAAGAUCCAGAGAUGAGUCCAGAGAUGAGUCCAGAGCAAAGAGCUCCAGGUCCAGGGAUGAGUCCAACAGGGGUAAGAAGUCCAGGUCUCGAUCCAGAUCCAGAGAUAAAUCCACAGAGAAGAGAUCCAGAUCCAGAGAAAAGACCAGCAGCAGAUCUUCUGGACAGAAUGAAUCCAGAAAAAAGACAGAGGAACCAGAAGAAAGUGAGAAACUUGACUCUGACUCCAAACCUGAACCUGCAGAGCCCAGAGCGAGUGAAGAAGAAGAAGAAGAAGAAGAGUCGUCUGCAGAGGACAGCGACAUCGAGGGGAUGCAGGUGAUCGGAGAGGACGUUGAGAAUGAAGACGUGGAGACUGCUGAGGAGGAGGAAGAGGAGGAAGAGGAGGAGGAAGAUGAACAUCCAGCAGAGAGAACUGACUCGACACAAGAAGAGAAGGAAAAUGUGGUGAAAGAGGAAGAGGAGGAGGAAGUGAAGGUGAAAGAGGAAGAGGAGGAGGAAGUGAAGGUGAAAGAGGAAGAGGAGGAGGAAGUGAAGGUGGAAGAGGAAGAGGAGGAGGAAGUGAAGGUGAAAGAGGAAGACUUCACCAGAGAAAGGGAGGAGUCAGCAGACGAUGAGGAGGGACCAGAUUUCCCUGUGGACCUGGAGAACUGCAUCACUCUGGAUGAACUGGAAGAAGAAGAAGAAUCCGCUGACUCAGAGACGGCAGCUGAACCCAAGUCUUCGACCACCAGAGUCGUUUUCUUCACAAAACUGCCGCCGCGUUUCUACAGCGACGCCGAGUUCGUCCAACUGGUCAAAGGUGUUGGAACGCCGGUGCGCUACUUCCUGAUUCGCCGACAGCAACAGGGUUUCAUCGAGAUGGCGUCGUCUGCCGAGGCGCUGAACGCCGCCCGAGCGCUGAACCGUCAAACCUUUCUCGGAUCCGAACUCUUCGUCAACAUCUCCCACAAAUACACCCGACUGGUGAACGGGUACGACGUUCAGUCGGAGUCGGACACGGAGAAGAUCGAGAGUCGGAGCAGCAGGAGGAGAGACAGGCUCAGCAAAUCCAGAACCUCGGACAGAGAAGAGGCCUGCAGGAGAGAGUCCGGGUCCAGAAAGACUCCAGAGGAAGAGUCAGGACCCAGAAAGACUCCAGAGAGAGAGUCCGGGUCCAGAAAGACUCCAGAGAGAGAGUCCGGGUCCGGGAGAGGUUCUGAGACAGAGUCUGCAUCUAAAAAGACUCCAGAGCCAGAGUCAGGACCCAGAAAGACUCCAGAGAGAGAGUCCGGGUCCAGAAAGACUCCAGAGAGAGAGUCCGUGUCCAGGAGAGGUUCUGAGGCAGAGUCUACAUCUAAAAAGACUCCAGAAGAAGAGUCGGGACCCAGAAAGACUCCAGAGGCAGAGUCCGGGUCCAGAAAGACUCCAGAGGCAGAGUCCGUGUCCAGGAGAGGUUCUGAGGCAGAGUCUACAUCUAAAAAGACUCCAGAAGAAGAGUCGGGACCCAGAAAGACUCCAGAGGCAGAGUCCGGGUCCAGAAAGACUCCAGAGGCAGAGUCUGCAUCUAGAAAGACUCCAGAGGAAGAGUCGGGACCCAGGAAGACUCCAGAGAGAGAGUCCGGGUCCGGGAGAGGUUCUGAGACAGAGUCUGCAUCUAGAAAGACUCCAGAGCCAGAGUCGGGACCCAGAAAGACUCCAGAGGCAGAGUCUGCAUCUAGAAAGACUCAAGAGGAAGAGUCGGGAUCUAGAAAGACUCCAGAGGCAGAGUCGGGGUUCAGAAAGACUCCAGAGAGAGAGUCCGGGUCCAGGAGAGGUUCUGAGGCAGAGUCUGCAUCUAGAAAGACUCCAGAGAGAGAGUUGUUGCCAAAGGGGGGUCAAGAAGAACAGAAGUUGAAAGGAAACGUGAGUGACAAUGAAUCUUUGAAGUCACAAAAUGAAAGGGAGGCGACGGAGAAAGACGCUCCUGAAAAAGAACCAGUGAUGAAUCCUGGGUCGACUCCAGAGCCGGAGACGAGUCCAGAUCAACCCCACACUGAACAGAAACCUGUGGAUUCUGAUCAUGCAGUGAACCUGGAGCAAACACCAGAAGGGGGCGUCGCUGAGCCUGAGAAACCCACCAAACCUGUUGGAACAGAGUUUGUUCGGCCGGUCGUUGGUUACUCCUGUCAGCUGUGUCAGGUGAUCUACGCCGACGAGGAUGAAGCCAAACUGCAGCACUGCAGCAGCCUGACGCACUACAGGAAAUACCAGGAGACGACGGGAAUCGAUCCGUGGACGAGCUGAGUCAUCAGAUGAAUUCAUCAGUUCACUGGACACAGAAACUAAAUGGAUUCCCUGUGAAACUACAUUACCCAGAAGUCCAGAGCAGCUUUUCUGCUCAGAUGCCGAGGGUUUGAAACCAGCCUCAGUGGAAACUGAUGAAGAUGAGCAGCGGUGCUACUUCCUGCUUUCACAUUGUUAAUGUUAAAAACAUUUCUGGAGAGCUGUUUGUUUAUUUUAAUUUGCUUUGUUGUGACUGUUUAUUUUUUAAGUGUCAUCAUCAAUAUAAAUCACACGUGACAUUUUAAUGUUACGACAUAAAAAACAAAACUUCAACAUUUGAAACAGGACAUUAAAUAAAAUACUUUGACAUAACAUUUCUUGUUCUAAUAUCAAUGACUGUUUGAUCAUUGGAAACCUGUCUUCUGUGUAGUGACCAGCAGGGGGCGACUCCACUGGUAGUUUCUAUAGAAAGUGGCUCUACUUCUCACUUUCUAACGUCAGUAACAUUCAGGAGUUUCUGUCUCAGUCUCUAGUUUCAAGUCUUCUUUAAACAGCUGAAGUUCAUGUAGUGAAUUAUGAUCAUUUAGAGUCAAACAGACCAUAAAGCACCAGAUGUGUUGGGGGGGUUGAUUGACAGUUAGUACCGUCCAAUGGGUACAGGUGGGCGAGUCCUCUCAGUCCGACUCCACCCACAAUAUGAUUACUUUUGGUUUCAGAACAAACUGAGGCGUCACAAGUUUCUGUUGAUUGUUUAUUGUGAUGAUGUCACAGCUGCUGCAUUCAGGAUCCAUGUUUUUCUUUUGUUUCAGAUUCAACAGAAAAUAAAACUCAAGUUAAAUUUGAGGAAUCUUUGUUACAUUUUAUUAAAGAAACAAACAAA